AUGCCUGAACCCGUUCCUCAACGCAUCGUCCCUGGAGCUCCUCCCCCGGUUCCCCUUUCAAAAACACAGAAGAAAAAGAGAAAAGCCAGCAAACCCAAAGACGCCGACUCCCCAAUAGCAGCUACCGAUGCUGCUGCCGCCGCCGUCCUCGAAAAAGCCCCAGAACCCGUCGAGGUUCAGGAGCCCACCCUCGCUCCUGAAACCGUCCCUUCCACCGAAAAUCCCAGCACCCCCCUCCCCGAAGAAGAAAUUUUACUCAAACCAAGCCCGAUUGUUGAUCUUGUCCAUAAGCGCUUAAAAGCAACCUCGAAGAAAAUUCAACGGAUAGCUGGGUACGCUACCACGGAUUCUGAGAAAUUGAACGAUGACCAAAUACGGAGUAUCAAAACUCUGCCUGCCCUUGAAGCAAUUCAAAAGGAAUUGGGAGAGGUGAAGAAGGCCAUCGAGGUUCAUGAAUCUGAGUUGGUGCACGAAUUGGCAGCAAAGCGCGUUGAAACAGAAAAGGCAGAGAAAGCUCGUAUUGCGCAAGCCGUUUCUGCAGCUGAGGCUAAGCUACUGUCAAAAACAGCCGACAUCGUCGAUCUCCUCCGCGUGCGAGGUGCUGAAGUUCCAAGUUUUAUUACUGAUGACGUAGAACGUACCGCCAUAUAUGCUGCUACUGAUGCCCUCCUUGGUGAUGAUGUUGAGAGAAAACACGCGGUUCUCAACGGUUUCUUGUUCGACACUGGCAACUUCGAUGGCAUCUCUUACUCACGGAUAACGGAAAUCACACAGGUCGUCCUCAACCCUCCUCGCGCACCAACACCCGACGAGCCAAUUGAGGAAGAGCAGGAGGACCCAACACCGGUUGAAUCCAAUGCCGUAACCGAACCUGAGGUCCCUGUUAGUGAAGUCCUCAACGUCACCACAUCAGGUAGCUUCCACUUCAUACAAGAAAGCGAACUUGAGGCUCCAUCUCUUAAAGAAAGCGUGGAGUGGGUGUCCGUUGAGCCUCAGGAACGCAUUCCCGAGGUUGUAGCAUCGACGAUUGAAACUGAAGCUGUACCGGUAAACGCACUUGUGUCGGAGGAUUCCCUCACACCAGCGCCUGUCCAGGCAACCCUGAACUGGGCAGACUCUGACGACUCGGGGCUUCCCCCCAUUGCCGACGUCCAGGCAGAGUUCAAGGCAUCAGGCUCUGCCACCCCCGCAGAAAUUGAGACCCCAGAGGCAGUGGAACCCAUUGUGAACGGCACCGACCACGUCGAGGCCCCUCAUCGCCAAGAAGACGAUGACGGGUUCACCACUCAGGCUCGGGGUGGACGUGGAAGGGGUGGAAGGGGUGGCUCCCGUGGACAUGGUGGACACGGUGGACGUGGAUUCCGUGGUGGUGAGCGGGGUGGAUAUCAUGGGCACCGUGGUGGUGAGCAUGGCGGCUUUAGAGGUGGUGAGCGUGGUGAGCACCAUGGUGGGUUCAGAGGUGGCGAGCGUGGCGAGCACCAUGGUGGGUUCCGAGGUGGAGAUCGUGGUGAGUUCCGUGGUGGAGAUCGUGGUGAAUUCAGAGGUGGAGAUCGUGGUGAGUUCCGAGGUGGUGAUCGUGGUGAGUUCCGAGGUGGUGAUCGUGGUGAGUUCAGAGGUGGAGAUCGCGGUGAAAGUGGUGGAUUCAGAGGCGGCGAACGCGGUGGAUACAGGCGUGGUGACCGUGGAGGAUACCGUGGCCAUGGUGGUGACUGGCGCGGUGACGGUGAACGCGGUCGCGGGAGGGGCCGCGGACGAGGUGGCGAGAGGGGGGGUCCACAUCCUGCCCCCGCUCCCGCCACACCAGCAUAAUCUUGUUAUUAACGCUCCUUAGCCGAAAAGAUCACGACUCGAGAUCAGAUUCAGAGCACUUGUUACUUCCGUAUUUAUGCAUAACUCACCUCACUCCUUUAUCCAUUUACCCGUGCUGUAUUGUUGUUGUGACGUUUUCUGUGUAUGUACUACCACACACUUGGUAAUACGAUACUCUCGCGUUC